AUGGGACCUGGGACGUGUGGAGGGAGCCUAAAGGGAUUAAUUGCUUUCACUCUAGCUUUAAAGAUUGUGGCGCCACGGCGUCAGACCGAAUCGCUACUCGUUCGGGGUACAGUGACAGUAAAUUCGAAUGCACGUUUGAGUGCUGCAACGGAGGAAACUCACUGUUCGCAAACAGCAAUACCCUUACAAUCGACUGAUGAUGACGGUGCGGCGCCUUUUCUUCCAAACGUUGCACAGCAUCCAAACCAAAACAUUAUAUAUAAGGCUUCAGGCAUUAGAUUGCCAACAAUUGAAUUACCAAAAUUUAGUGAUGAUACUGUUGAAUGGCUUAGUUUUCGAGAUACGUUCGAAUCUCUUAUAAGCAAAAAUGAAAACAUUGACCCAAUACAAAAAUUUCAUUAUUUGAAGGCAGCUUUGGAAGGAGGGGCAGCGCAGAUCAUUAAGUCGUUAGAGUUUACAGCCGUGAAUUAUGCAGUUGCGUGGGACACAAUAUGUGACCGUUUCAAUAACAAAAGGUUACUCACGCACAAUCAUAUCAAGGCUAUUUUUAACAUUAAGCCGCUAAAGGAAGAAUUCUCUGGUCAAAUUCGCGAAACCGUCGAUACUCUCAAUAAGCAUUUACGCGCAUUGAAUGUCUUAGAUCAAGCGACUGAACAUUGGGAUGCCUUACUGAUAUACUUGUUAGCAACAAAGUUAGAUAACAUCUCCGCCCGAGUAUGGGAAAAGGAGCGUGCAGAAAACGAUGUACCUACGUUGAAGGAUUUCAAGGCAUUUCUGAACUCUCGAGCAAAUUUGCUAGAGGCCUUAGAGCAAAAGGACAACAGUGAUCAAAAGCUAAAGCAAACAGAGCGUUCUAAGAUCUCCACCCCUCAAAAAAGAUCAAACUAUGUAAAAGGUGCUAAAUUAUGUCUUAACUGCAUGAGACCUGAACAUUACCUUAAAGAUUGCAAGGCAGCUGCGUGCAAGCAAUGCUCAGGGAAACAUAAUACCCUAUUGCACUUCAACAAGCCUUCAACAGGGCAAGCGGCUGCAACGGAAGAAGCGAAGAGUUCUUCGACUUUGUGUGCUUAUGACAAAUGUGAUUCACAUAACGUUUUAUUAGCCAUAGCCUUAGUAUUAGUAACGGAUAGUCAGGAUAAAAGGCAUAAUGUUCGUGCAAUAUUAGAUUCAGGUUCUCAGUCAAGUCUUAUGACCGGCGGACUCUGUCAAGGCUUAAGACUACAGACAUCAAAAAUUCACAUGACUGUGGAAGCCGUAAACGGAUUGUCAUCUAAGAUAGAACAUAAAUGCAAGGUCGAGUUGUCGACACAUUAUAAUAGCUACAAAUUUGAUCUUCAAUGUAUAGUUAUACCAGAGAUCACGGGAUAUCUACCAGCGCAGCACAUUGACAUUCAGAGCAGCCAACUGCCUUUCAACAUUGAAUUGGCAGAUCCGUCGUUCCACGUUUCUGGCAGAGUGGACAUUUUUAUAGGAGCAGAUUGGUUUUGGAAUCUCUUAUGCGUAGGACAAUUAACAAUUGGCCAGAAUCAACUUACAUUACAAAAGACAAGGUUAGGAUGGAUAGCAGUUGGACCGUCGAAGGGUUUUUAUACAAAGAUUAUUCGAUGCAACCUAAGCAGAGCAGGAGACAUUGAUGAGGAGCUUACGAAAUUUUGGGAGAUUGAAGAAUUUGGAAAUAAUAAGAUCCUAUCCAAUGAAGAAAAAGAAUGUAAAGACCACUUUGUAAGUACUGUCCGUCAUGAUCAAAACGGUAGAUUUGUUGUAAAUAUUCCUUUCAAGAGAAAUCCUCGGGAAUUAGGUGAAUCAAGGGCGAUAGCUAGCAAACGAUUGAUUAGUCUCGAAAGAAGGUUGCAAAGAAAUCCUAUUCUUAAGAAACAAUAUACAUUUCUUGCAGAGUACGAAAAAUUAGGGCAUAUGCAGAAAAUAGCCGAGGGAACAGCACACAAGAUUUCAUAUUAUUUACCGCAUCAUUGCGUCGUUAAAGCAGACAGUUCAACCACCAAGGUGCGUAUGGUUUUUGACGCAUCGUCAGCAACUGACAAUGGCAUCUUAUUAAAUGACUUACAAUUGGUAGGACCUACGGUGCAAGAAGAUCUAUUUUCAAUACUCAUUAGAUUUAGAAUUCAUCCUUACAUCAUAUCUGCAGAUAUAGAAAAGAUGUAUAAGCAGGUAUUAGUAACUCCAGAGCAGGUAUUAGUAACUCCAGAGCAACGCAGCCUUCAGCGCAUAAUAUGGCGCUCGAAUGACAAGGACCCUAUAAGCACGUUCGAAUUCAAUACGCUUACCUACGGUACAGCAUCAGCACCAUUUCUGGCAACAAGGUGCUUAGUAGAACUAGCAAAUGAAGUCAAAAAUCAACUGCCAAAAAUAGCCGAAAUCAUUCGGAAGGAUUUUUACGUCGACGACCUAUUGACAGGAGCAAGAACUAUUGAAGAAGCGACAGAUGUAAGGCGCAAGAUUUCGCACGUUCUAAAAACAGCAAGUUUCAAGUUACGAAAAUGGACAUCAAAUGAGCCUGCAAUAGUUCAAGACGUUCCAGUAAAGGAUCAAAAUCGGAAUAGUAUUGAUUUCAAGAGUGAAGGACAACUAAAGACACUAGGCACAACAUGGCAAGCAUUCUCCGACAAGUUGACUUUUACGAUAAGAGAAUUGAAUCAAACUAAGAUCACGAAGAGACAAGUCCUAACUGAAACCGCUCAGAUAUUUGACCCUUUAGGUCUUCUUAGUCCAUGCAUAAUCAUAGCAAAAAUUUUAUUGCAGGAAUUGUGGUUGCAUAGGCUAGCGUGGGAAUGA